AUGAAGGAAAAGCAAUCUAGCGCCCCUGUUAUUCCAUUUGAAAGAGUAAAUGAGCGCGUUGCAGCUGCUACAGGUAUAUCUUUACGAACAGUUGCAAGAAUUACAAAUGAAGGGAAAUUAGCUGAAGAAUCGUCAAGUAAAAUAGUAACACCGGGGAAAAAAAGAAAAACAAGGAAGGUGAAUAAGUUGCUUCGUCUACUUAAAGAAGAGAUUGGAUUCACUGGCAGUAGAGAAAUUCUCAGACAGCACAUAAAAAAGAUUGGUUUUCGAUAUAAAAAAACUAAAAGCAAUAGAAAAGUACUGAUGGAACUUAACGAUAUAACUGCUUGGCGCGCUCUUUAUCUUCAGACUAUAAAGCGUAAUGACGAGACAGAAAAAUUACCAGUUGUUUACUUAGAUGAGACAUAUAUUCACUCCGGUCAUACAGCUGGUAAAUGUUGGCAGGAUGAUGAUGAAGAAGAAUACACAAGACCACAAUUGUUGGAAAUUGUCAAUAGAUAUAAGCCCAAACCAGUGUAUGCUGUUGAUGCUAUUUUAAAAGGACUGGGUCACAAGAUAUCGCGUUUACCACCGUAUCAUUGUGACCUCAAUCCUAUUGAAAUGAUCUGGGCAUCAAUGAAACGCAAAGUAGCUGAGGUAAAUAUUGGCAAACCAGCCAAUCAAAUGCCAGAAAUGGUACAGGAAGCUUUUAAUUCCAUUCCCGUCGAAGAAUGGUGCAAUCAUUGUGCCCACGUCAAGAAACUUGAAGAAGAAUACAGAAGUAAAGAUGGAUAUUUGGAUGCACCUUUCAUCGUGGAAUUAUGCUCUGAGAGUGAAGAAAGCAGUGAUGACGAUUCUCAAGAUGAAAGUGAUGAAGAAUUUAAUAGCAUUGAACCUCUCGCCAUAGUUCAUGCAGAACAUAAUUAUAGUAAAAAAAAUUUGAAAUUCGUUUCCUAUUGCAUUAUAGUUUUCAUGUUAUAA